AUGACCAUCCAGCAAGAACUGACGUCUUGGCUCUUUCCAGAGGCCAAGAAGACCAACGGCGUUCCGGCCAUAGGAGCGAAAGCUCCCUCGUCGGAACGGUUGCCCAUCCCCGGCGCCGAUGGCAGGCCGGUGGUGGUAACCUUCCUGCGGCAUUGCGGGUGUCCUUUCGCCGAAAAGACCUACCGCAACUUCCACCAGACGGCGUGCCGCAACCCCGACAUCCGCUUCGUGGCCGUCUCGCACAGUGACGACGCCUCGACGGACCGCUGGCUCGCCUCCCUCUCCCUUCCUCCUCAGUCCAACGUCGAGCUCCUCGUCGACCCGCAACGCGAUCUCUUCGCCCUAUGGGGCCUCGGCGCGUCGUCCCUGUGGCACGUGCUCAGUCCGUGGAGCAUGUAUUCUGUCUAUCGCCUCGGCGUCGACGAGGGAAUCUGGAACCGGCCGACGGAGAGCGGGAACAGGUGGCAGAUGGCGGGAUCGUGGGCGGUGGGGGGAGAUGGUGCGGUGAGGUGGGGUGGGCCAGCGAGGCAGGCGGAUGAUGUGGCGGAUUUUGAGGGGGCGGUGGAGGUGCUCAAGAAUGCGUGA